AUGCCACCAAAUAUUGGACGUGAACUAGAGUUCAAGGAGAGGUUUCCUCGAUUCGAACCUUUAGAUACGACACCAUUAGUUCAAAUAUUAAACUUUGAAGAUGAUGUUCUAACUGGGGGGAAUAAUAGUAACAAUAAUGAAAUUACAACUCAAAACAGAACAUUUAUAGGAGUUUUUGACUUACAUAUACACAAUACAAAUACAGCUGCUACUGAUCGUGACACUGCUUCUAAUCCUUCUGAAAAACCUACGAAAUCUGAGAAACAAACAUUCACCUUUUUAGAAAAUAUGAAAUUAGCGACACAUAUGUUACUAAUGUGUAUUCUGCUGGGUAUGGAAUUAGAUGAUUCUAAAGAACUUGCAAAUAGAUUAAAUUCAACAACCAUGUCUUUGGUAGAACAAAGAACUGUGAAGAAGUUAUGGAACUUUACUACAAUUAAUACUAUCAUGGGGACUGUAUUUGUCGGGGGUAUAAUAUCUGGUUGUGUAUACAGGAGAAACCUAGGUUCUUUUAAAAUAAUAUCUUCUUUAGCUUCAAUAUAUUGGGCAUUACAAGUUACCAGUAUUGGAAUAUUCAUUCAAUAUUUGAAUCCAAAUAGCAUUAUAAAUAUUAUGGUUGGAAAAUUUAUUUGUGCUUGUGUACAUGGACUUAGAACAACACACCUAUUGUCACAAAUUUUUAAACGAUUUUCUGUUAAAAAUGCACGAGAUAUACUGAUCUUAGUGUAUAUUCUUCUCGUGGAAGGUAUACUAUUGGGUGCGGUAAUAUGUGACAAAUUUGGGAAAAAAGUUUCACCUAUUAAUGGAAACUAUGAUAAACAAUUUCAAAAUAAAACUUUAUUGAAACAAUCAUAUCUUAUGUUUCUUUUUUAUAUUUUCAAUUGUACGCCAAAUCAAGAAUUGAUAAAACCAACUAACAUCGACCUAUAUCCUGAUAUUUUAUCUCAUACUGGCUUGAUCAUCAAUUACUUAAUAACUAAAUGCUACUUGUUCAUAAAAACACGUAAAUUUAAAAAUAUGAAACCAGGAUUCAUGAACAAUAUGAACAGAUUAGAAAUAGACAAAAAACCAAUAACAAUAAAGACAUUAUUCAAUAUGGUUAACUUAAUAGAAUUUGAGAUAUUCAUUUUGAUGAGCCUUUAUGGCAUAUAUGAUACUGUAAGAAAAAAAAUAGAAGACAGUGAAAAAUUUACUUUUACUAUAAAUUACAGUAAUACUUGGUGUUUGUAUGUUUCUGUUAAAUUGGUAAUGAUUCUUAUUCGUCAUAAGUUUGAUAGGAGCGUCCUGUAUAGAUAUGGUAAAAACAUAUUAUGUGUCUCUAUUGGUAUGAUAUACAAUUAUAGACAAAAGUUAAAUGAUCCAUCAGUUGUACAAGAGAUACUCUAUAAUAAAUCUUCUAAAAUAUCCUAUUUUGUUUGCUUUCUUGUGAUUUUAACAAGUUUUGUAUGUUACGUGGAUCAUUGGAAAUCAAUGGACAGUCGCUCAACGAUCUAUCUAUACAUAUUUUGCCGAUUAGUAUUCAAUAUAAUGAGACUAUUGAUAUUUCCUAAACCACCUUCGAAAUAUAUUAUUGUUGACUUCAAUAUUAUUUAUUAUACAGGAUUUAUGUCGUUUUUAUUUUCAUCGAUAUUUGAUGAUACCUAA